ACAAUGUCGCUUAAAGUAGCAACACUUAUUUUUGCACUUUGCUUUGUAAUUGCAAAGUGCCAAGUAACACUUCCAGUGAGAGUUCCAUUGAUGAAAAUAAAUGAAAAUAUUCAAAGUGUGCCUCCUUCAAAUGUUUAUAGAUAUACAAUGGAUCCUAUUACACCUUAUUUGGAUGCGCAAUAUGUUGGAACAAUUUCAUUUGGAACACCCCCACAGAGCUUUCAAAUGAUUUUUGAUACGGGAACAACAUACACUUGGAUACCUGUAGUAAAUUGCAUUGCUACAAAAAAGGUAGUUAGCAUCGAUUUAGACGUUCUUGGAUUGAAUCUAUUAGAAGUGACAACUUAUGAAAAGACAGAGUGUGCUCAAACAAAUAAAUAUAAUGCCACAAAGUCAUCUACAUCUACAAAUGACAUAGAAGCACAUUUAAAUUAUUACAGUGGAAGCAUAAGGGGGAAUAUCAUACAAGAUGUAUUACAAAUAAAUGGUGAGAAUUUCCUGGUGAAACAGUAUUUUCUUGGAGUUAAUACUUAUUCAUUACCCACAACUUAUACGGAAAUUGAUGGAGUUUUUGGCUUAAAUCCUUUUAUUGAACAUGAAGGCCGUGUCCUUAUUGCUAACUUGUAUAGGAAUACGGUAACUACAAUUGAACAGCAGUUUUUCUCCUACUAUUUAAGUAGUGAUGAACCUGUUGGUGAAUUUACCUUAUCGGGAGUUAAUGAAGCACACUGUCCGCCUAAUAUUGCCCAGAACUAUGUAUAUUAUUCUAGACCAUUAUUCAAUUAUUGGGCUGCUGAAAUGCAUCUGCUAUCUAUAGGUGGCUCUCAAGAUCUGUGUUCAGCAUCAAAUUGUGAUGUAUACUUUGCUACUGGUACUAGUAGUAUUUUCGGACCACCAGAAGACAUUCAAUUUAUCCGCAGGCAAUUGAAUGCACAAGUUAGUUCAACUGAUAAAUAUACAGUGGCGUGCAAUCAAGAAUAUCCAAAACUUACAAUUUCAUUCGAGAAUGGAGGUAAUAAACGAUUUUUCAUUAAUUCAAAUGACUACAUAUAUGAGCAAGACUCGAUCUGCUACUUGAGAUUCAAAGAAUAUCCACAAAUAUAUGAAGAUAGAAGAAUUUGGAUAUUUGGUGAAGCAUUUAUGAAAGGAAAAUGCGUAGUUUUUCAUUAUUUUCUACGUCGCAUUGGAAUAGCUAAUGCAUUUUAAGAAAUAACAAAACUAAUUAAUAGUUUUGCUCAUUUUCUUCAUGUUUUUCGCGUUAAAAUUAAUUUUGUGUGAAAUAAUUUUGGUUGAGGGAUUUAAAAACAAUUUAUGUAUUUUUUUUGUGUUUGAAAGCAAAUAAAAUUUUGAAGUUUUAAAUAAAAACUUUUCAAAAAAAAA